AUGCCCGUCCUUGUAGAUGAUGUAUUGACACUCCCAGAGUGGCAAAAUGCCCAGGAAGGCAAAGUUUUCCUUACUGGAGCAACUGGGUUCGCUGGAGCCUAUAUGCUGGCCCGGCUUUUAUCCAUGCCGACUGUCAAGAAAGUAGCCUGCUUAGCUCGAGGCCGGGGCGAACAAACACCGGCGAACCGCAUUCAGCAGGCCCUGGAGAAGUACCGGUUAUGGGAUGGCAGCCUCGAGAGGGCACAGAAAAUCAUCGUCAUUGAGGGAGACCUGGCGGAUGACGCUCUGGGUAUGGCGGAAGAUCAAUACAGAUGGCUCCCAAAUGGGCCAGUGCUAUCUUCCAUGUGGGAGCAAGGGUCAAUUGGUGCGAGCCCUACGAGGCUCACUUCGAAUCUAAUGUCCUAG